UAUGGAAUUCCGCCACCGACCUUUACAUUACCCUGGGACUUGUAGUUUAAAAGAACAAGUAGAUGGUGUAGAGCACAAGAUAUUAUAUUUGGGAAAUAGAAUUCGUGGGCUAGAAGAUGCACUCGAUGGUCCUGACAUAGAUCCUACGUUACGUGAUGUAAUCGAAGAAGAGAUUUUGGCACUGAAAGCAGAAAUUAUUAAACACAAGGAAAACGUUAAAGCAAUGCAUAAAGAUAAAUCGCACCAAAUGGCUGUAAUUACGAUCUUAAUAUUCAUUAUUUUAUGCGUAUUUACUAUGUACAGGAUAUUUUACGCAUGGUAUUAGACUUUCGUUAUUAAAAAUUCCAAUUCCAAUCUUCUCUAAACGAAAUAUGUUAUACUGUGCGAUUAACAAAGAUCCAGUUUCCUUAUUUCAUUUUUCUAUUUUAUUUUAAUCCAGCAUAGU